AACAUUAGCAGGCUUUUCAAUUGUAUUACGUCCAACAAUACCAUUAGCACAAAAAAUAUGUUUUGUUUUUAGUGGUGAAGGUCCUCAGUGGUGGGCUAUGGGUAGACAAUUAUAUGAAAGUGAACCUUUAUUUAAUAAAUGGAUUAAUUUAAUUGAUGGAGAAUUGACAAAAAUUAAUAAUGGUGAAUGGAGAUUAUUAGAAGAAUUAAUUGAGAAGAGAACUGAACGAGAAUCUCGUAUUAAUGAUACAAAUAUUGCUCAACCAACAUUAUUUGCUAUACAAGUUGCAUUAACAGUUUCACUUAUUUCAUGGACUAUAUAUCCAUCAUCUAUAAUAUCACAAAGUGCUGGUGAUCAAGCAGCUGCUUUUGUUGCUGGUUGUUUAAAUGUAGAAGAAACUAUUCGUAUAUUAGCUCUUUCAAUGAGUGAAGAAGAAGUACAAAAUAAAGUUCUGAAAGGUAUUGAACAUUUGGCUUGUAUUGCUGUUGUUAAUAGUCGUCGUCGAGCAACAAUAAGUGGUGAUGAAAAAACUAUCGAUGAAAUACAACAAAUUCUUACAAUAUCUUAUCCUAAUGUAUUCAAAGCACGUCUUCGUACUGAAAAUGCAUUUCAUCGUAUUAAAUAA